AUGUUGGCCGUACCGACGAAAUGCGUGCGCGCCCAGCGCGUCAUAUCUCAGCAGAGAAAGUUCCAGCGAGCCCUGCAUGACCUCGUAACGCUGCCCAACAACAAGCCUGUGAUCGCACAUGGUCCUCCUGGGCGCAGCGCUAGUACGGGGCAUGUUGCGACAGUUUUUGGCUGCACAGGGUUUUUGGGCAGAUACUUGGUUGCUAAGCUUGCCAAGGCAGGCACACAAGUUAUCAUUCCGUACCGUGAGGAAGACGAAAAGCGACAUUUGCGGGUGACAGGUGACCUUGGUCAGAUCGUGUCGAUGGAAUGGGAUCUUCGAAAUGACGACCAGAUCGCAGAAUGUGUACGACACUCCGACAUCGUCUACAAUCUCGUUGGCCGGGAGUACGAGACCAAGAACUUUAACUUUGAUGCCGUCCACGCCACGGGUGCACAACGCAUUGCCAACAUUGCAGCGCAAUCCGGGGUGGCGCGAUUCGUGCACGUCUCCCAUCUGAAUGCGUCUCACAAUUCGCCGUCCGAAUUCUACCGCUCGAAGGCACGCGGGGAUGACCUUGUCCAGGAGGCCUUCCCUAGCGCGACAAUCGUACGGCCUGCGAUUAUGUACGGCUACGAGGACAGACUUCUGAACAACAUGGCCAUCUGGCCCAUCUGGUGGAAGCUGAACCACAUGCAAACGAAGAUCCGCCCGGUGCAUGUCAUGGACGUUGCUCAGGCGCUCACGAACCUCAUCUCGGUGCCAUCGCAGCCGGGGACGUUCAACCUCCCAGGGCCGUCCACACUCUCGUUCGAGUAUCUGCUUGCACUUAUGUCAAGUGUCACUUACACGCCACCGUCCCGUGCACCCGUCGUCCCCAAGGCGGUCGCAAUCGCGCUUGCAAAGGCCGCGCAGGCGGUGUGGUGGCCCGCGCUGAGCCCAGACGAAGUGGUGCGCCGGUACCUCGACGACGCCGACGUGCCCGGAGACUGGGACAAGGUGGGCGUAGUGCCUGAUGAGAUCGAGCAACAUGCGAUCACUUACUUGAGGCGGUACCGCUCUGCAGAAAACUACGCGCGACCGACUGUGCUUCCCUCGUCUCGGGACGCUCUGUACGAAAUUCCGUAG